UCAUUUGGAGGAGCGGGACUUGGAGGAGAUGGUGUAGGAUUUGGAGGAGCUUUCUCUGGGAGUCAGAUGACACAGGGUUUUACUGCAGGCAAGAGGUCAGAAAAGACUGAAGUAACUCCAGUCAAGUUUUUCAGAGAUUGGGAAGUACCAGAGAAACCAACUACUGGAUUUGUUAAUCAGAGUGGAAUAUUCCAGGGGUCUGACCCUUGCAUCACCAUGUUUCCUACGUUGUCCACUGACCAGGUGAUGACUGAACCUCUAGCUGAGCCGACAAGCAAUAAAUUCACUCAGGGAGGCUACGGAGGAAAGAUGCCAUUCAGCUUCCAAUCUGGAUCUAGCAGUUUGAAGUAUGGUGGCACCAUGGGGAUUGUUUCAGGGGAUGUGACAAGAAGAGCAACACCACUAGAACUUGGGGGUCAUGUGACAGGUGCUGCAGCAGCUCACUAUAGGAACCCCUUACCUCAGGGCAACAUCCAGAUGGUCCUCCAGCUGCAGCAUCAGGAUGGGUCAUGGAGAUUCUGUAGUGAGCUUGACACAACUCUCUGCAUCAGGAGCCUUGACUACAGAGAGAUGUUGAUGAUGGCGGGGCUUCGGUCUCUAGGAACAACUGUCGCAGAAGAAAUCCAACGUCUAGUUUCCACCUUGCUGGCUAUUCUUGUCAUCUUGGAGGCUCUCUGCCCAGAGUUAUUUCCCCUGACAGAUGACAGUUUGCACAAAGACGGUGAAAAGGAUUUGGGCAAAAUUCUGUCUAGUAAAAUUGAGUUAGCAGUCAUAUCUUGGAAAAUAGACGUGGCUGAGAUGUUUUUAGCAUUACAUCAAGGAAUCAAGUUUUGCACUGCGCUGGAUGAAAAACACCCACUUGUGUGUAGAUCCUUGGAGCUGGCUGAUGAUUGGCUGUCUGCAGUGGCGAAGAUGUUGGGUGAUUUGGGAGAAAGUCAGAAGACAAAGGCGGUGGGAAAAGUCUUUCAUCUUCUGUUUCCAGAACUUGAAAAAAACUUUGGAGAGGAAAAACAAACUUAGAACAAAACCUAGGUUGUGUUAGACUGGUGUAUUGGGAUAUGAAAGAUGGUUUUAUUAUUUUUAUUGUACUUUGUAUGCUGCAUAAUGGAUGGUGUAAUCAUUUAGGUAAACAAAACUCUAUCUAGUGUGUGUUGAUGAUGAAAUACUGGUUGGUCACAGGCACAGAUAGUUUGUACAGAAUCAACAUUGUCUUCUUGAAAGCCUUUGUCUGCAUAUGGAAAAUGUGUAACAGAAGCAUUCUGAUUGUAUUGAUAUGUGAUAUCAUCGGUGCCUAGAGUCAGUUGGCUUGAGGAGAAGACUAAAGUAAAUCAUGACAUUAAUGCGAGCAUUUUAUUAAUGCGAAAAAUGUGUCUGUACUCUUCUUGCAUUAUUAUAAUGACGCAUUUCAGUCUGACCAUGUCUACUUUCGAGGACUUAAUGAAAGACAGAAAACAUAAAUCUCUUGUCGUCUUUAUUGUCUUCAGGUUAGCAUUCAUCAUAACAAUACAGAAUAUAACAAAGACUUAGACAUCUCUGAAAAAAUUUAUUGACAAAUGAGCUCUAAUUUCCAUGACACUAACUGAUAUCCAUUGAACUUAUUCAUCAGUAAAUUAUGUAACAAUAGCGGAAGUGUUGACACUACACAUUACACCAGUACAGGUCACUUCCUCAUUACAGGUAUCUCAAGCCACAUGUAAUUUUCACUGGUUACAAUCACUGGUCAUUAUUUAAAGUCACUCGCACAUCAGUCAGACCGGACAUUCUCCAACAAGGCAGGAUCAUUUCAAUAGAAGAAGUCUUUCAAAUCGGAUUAUAUGUAUAAAUGUUGUAGCAAGCAAUCAUGUGAUCAAAGAUGGCAGCAUAAUCAAAACAUCGUCAGCUCAUUUCCAUUUGUGGUUUAACAAGCUCAAUUCAGGUUAUUUGGUAAAUAACAAGUGUGAAAAGAAAAUGAACAACCUCAAAGAUCCAGGAUGUCACAUUUUAUCAUCAACACAGAUUCCUGAAAGCUCAAAUUAAUUUUGUGAUGCAUUUUAGACUAGACCCUCGCACUCGCAUUAAUUUCAUGAUUUACAAUAUACUGAUGGCUAAUAAUAAAGGAAGUGUUAUGGAGAGUGUGUUGGCUGCGUGUUCUGCUAUUGCUUUUUGACCAGUAUUUGAGUUACAGCCUCAGUCUAACCCUGUUAAUCCAGUCUAACCCUGUUAAUCCAGUCUAACCCUGUUAAUCCAUGCUUUAUGGUGCCUGUUCUUAUUUUGUUUUAUCAUCUUAACAUUCCAGCGUAUUGACUGUGAUACACGUAGCUAGUGAGGAAAUUACAUUUAUUUUGUUUGAAUGACAUGAGGUUGCAUUAUGUUUCUCACUUAAUACAAUUAAGCAGACCUUCAUGAUCUAUCUCUGACCCUUACUUGACCUUUGUGCAGUGUUAAACAGGAGUGAAUAAAUAUAUUUACUACA